GAUACAGUUUCUAUCAAUCUGCCAUGGUUCUCACAACUUGAGUAAGAGACAUGCGUUUGAUUUAAGACAUGAUCUGAUAACGCUUACACUUGUUCGCCCCUUCAGUCUGCGGUAGACACUAGACAGAAAUGACUACAGGACUUAUCAUAGUUCUGUACCUGACAUCGCUGAUCCCCGGGGCGCCUGCGCCGCAUGGGCCGACGAUUUUCUGUAAGACAUGUAACUCGGUGAAUGACCCGGCCAAAUGUCACGUGACCGCGUCAUGCAGAGAAGGGUACUGCGCGAUGGAAGUCUACAAUCUGCAUGGUGUCCGCACAUACAAAUUGUCUUGCAAAGAACACGUCAGUUGUGAAAACCACCACUUAAUCGGAAAGAGGUUUCUAAGCAGUCUAGGCAUUCUAGAAUGCAAGGAGUGCUGUCAUUACACGGGCUGCGAAAAGCACUUGUGCCAACACUACCCUCCUGUAACGACAACACAUCGCCCGACUACGACACAUCUGCCGACGACGACACACAAUCCAACCUCGACUACACCAAAACCGACGUUUGCAAUAACCACUAACCCGGAACACUAUCCUCCUGUAACGACAACACAUCGCCUGACCACGACACAUCUGCCGACGACGACACACAAUCCAACCUCGACUACACCAACACCGACGUUUGCAAUAACCACUAACCCGGAAACUUCAACGCUCGGAAGAGUUGACAUUACCGUCAGCAUGGGGACCGCCUUUACCCUGGGCACCUCUGGCUCAGGUGCCUGUGUGGACAUAGAGGAUAGCCAUUUCCAGUGCAGCUACUGGAAGGCUCUGGGAUAUUGCGCCCCGGAUACCGUGCCUGGAUACCAGGUUUCCCUACUGCAGUGCAGGAAAACGUGCGACCUUUGUGAUGUUUGAUGACCUUAUAGGAUACAAACGCUAUGAAGAAAUAAGCAAGUUGAAGAUCCAAUGAACUAUUGUAUGUAGCAAAAUAAAAAAGCUUUAAUUUAAA